AUUGGUGUGUCCUAUAUCCUUUUUUUAUGAGUGCUAUCAGAGUUAAGUCCCCAACUCUUAGAAGUGGUACCACUUCCACUUAUAUAGCCAAAUCUCAUCAAAAGUGCCCAGCAUUAAGCAUCCAUUUCCCGAUUCUGUUCUUCUUCUUCCCGCUGCAGCCGAACAAAGCCCCCAAGCUGCUGGCAACUUCCUCCCUUGAAAAACCGAAACCCAGAUCUGGUCGGUUCUCCCCUCCCCUGUCCGUGAGCUGCAGCUUGUGGGUGGGUGAUUUCUGGGCAUGUUUCGGCUGUGAGCUUCUUCUCCAAAUUGCCGCCGGCUUCUCUUCCCCCUGCAGCUCCGGUUUUAGCUAGAGAAUUAUGGUUCCUGAUCGUUCUGUCAGUUAGUACGUGAAUUGAGUGCUCGGUUUUAUGCAAGUGAGGAAGUGAAACCGAGGACGGGGAAACCACGGGAAGUGACGAGUUAGAAGGCUAGCCACUUGUAAAUUGAGCAUAGCUUUAGAUAAAUCAUGAUCUUGUAAACCAGAGUGUAUUUGGAGAUUUAUGAUAUGAGAGAAUAUCUUAUAAUUUGAUCUUCAGAUCUUGAUGAUAUCAGAGUGUGAAUUUGUAAGUUCCGAGCCUUGUGCAUUUGUGGGACCCGUCUCACGAGUGCAC